AUGUUGUGCCGGCGGCGGCUCCUCCUCCACAUCCGCAAGAUCCCCGGCGACGGCGCAAACCCCCUCCAGUCCAUCCCUGGAGCAAUUCAUCUCGCCCACAGCUACUCCUCAACCGCCGUCUCCUCUGUACCCAACUCUGAAUUCUACCCAGCCACCGUCUCGUACCUCAUCUCCUGCGGCCUCUCCCCUGCCGCCGCCGCCGCCACGGCCAGCACUCAGAAGACCCGCAUCCUUUCGAGCGACAAGGCCGACGCCGCGCGUGCCCUCCUCAGAGACUAUGGCUUCACGGACGCGGACAUCGUCCGGACGGUGCGCGGCGCCAUGUCGAUCCUCAUCGUCGAUCCCGAACGGAUCCUCCGCCCCAAGCUCGAGUUCUUCGCCUCCCUCGGCUUCGAGCCCCGCAAGAUCGCCAGCGAGCCUUUCCUCCUCGCGCGCAGCCUCGACAAGCACCUCGUCCCGUCCAUCCAGUUCAUCCGCGGCAUCAUCGGCAGCGACGACGACCUCCGCCUCGCCUUCUCCCGCGUCCCUCGGGCCCUCAUGGCCGACCUGGACAAAAACAUGCGCCCAGCCGUGGAAGCUCUCCGCCGAUGCGGCUUGACCGAGGAGGCCAUUUCGAAACUCCUCGUCAUCCACAUGGGCAUGCUCAUGGCGUCGCCGGAUCGUAUCAGGGAAGUCUUCGAGGAUCUCAAGGCGAUCGGUAUGCGCAUCUCGGACUCGCGCUUCCUCUACUGCUUCCGUGCGAUGUGCAGCGUUAAGAGGGGCACAUGGCGCCGGAAGCUGGAAUUGUUUCAGAGCUUCGGUUUGCCGGAGGGUGAGGUGCUCAAGGCCUUCAAGAUACAGCCAACCAUAGUUCUUUUCGCCGAUGAGAACAUAAAAAAGAAGGUCCGGUUCUUGCUGGACGAUCUGAAGCUUGUAAUAAGUGAUAUUAUGGCACAGCCUGUCAUUCUAGGUUAUAGCUUGGAGAAGUGCAUCCUCCCAAGGUGCGCCGUGCUGAGUGUACUGAUGAGGGAGGGGAGGAUCCAGACAGAUAUCAAGCUGCCUCGGGCAUUGCUCGGCAAUUCCAAGACAUUCUCGGCCAGAUUUGUAUCGAGGUAUGCCGAUGAUGUGCCAGAUGUUGUCAAGGCAUAUGAGGGUAAGAUUAAAUUUGAAGGAUUUGUCUAACAGGAUGAUGGUCUUCAGAAUGAUAUAAGUCUGGAUUAGCCGAUUAUGUUUCCAGCCCCAUGAAUGUUAUAGAUGGAGUUGUGAUCCAUGAUUCUAACACUACUUCAGAGGACAAAUUUGCCCCCAUCGGUAGCACAUGUGUACUCGGUAAUUAUAUCAUCUAAUUUGUAAUUUAGCAGCUUCCAUCUUGCAUCCAGUGGCCCAUUGAACUGUAGAAUCAUAGUAGAUGAUGUACUGUUCUCCAAGUUCCUUGACCUGCUAUGUAAUUUUCAACUGGUUCUGCCAACCGUUUAUGCUUUGUAUAUCGAUUAUUUCGAUACUUUUUCA